GUUUAUCUUUGUUUACAAAUAUUGAACAGUAUGGGUCAAUAGGCCCGCUGCAGUUUCCUCCAUUCUUAUGUUCUUAUGUACUGCGCAGCAGAAUUAUUUUGAGACUGGACACCAGUUACAGUAUACUGUAUAACUUGAUUCAUGUCUACUGCAUAUUAAAAAAGUGAAGAGGAAAAUUGAGAUGACUGCGCAGGUUAUGCGAAGACUGUUGGUGGGUGGAGCUUCUGGAGCUUCAUAUCGCCGCUUCAUGGGGUGGGGUGAUAUCACUGCUGGACUUCGUUCUGCUGUUGUAUCUUCAAAUAUCCUCUCAAAGUCAGACGUACCCAUUUGCCUCAGCUCCAGAUCUUGCUGUGUAUCUGGACAAGGUGCCAAGAAAUCAUGGGAGGACCAGGGAGUGAGAAGAGUUACAGAGGCACCUGCUGUGACAGUCACUCAUGCCUCUGUGAAUCACAAGACAGCCAUGCUUGAGGUGAAGUGGACUGAUGGUGAAACAGAUGUGUUCCCAUAUGUGUGGCUACGAGAUAACUGCCAGUGCCCAUCUUGUUUUCAUGCUGCCUCUAACUCUCGCAUACAUCUUAUGGGGGAGUUUGAUCUUAACACUCAGCCUCACACUGCCCAGGUACUGGAAGAAGGUGAGCAGGUAGAGGUGGUGUGGAGUGAUGGUCAUAGUGGAACAUACUCAGCUGCCUGGCUUCAUCCUCGUGCAUUUAAUGCUACCCGGCGCCUUGCUCAGGCACCCAAAUUCAGGUUAGGUCGUAGGUACUGGGGAGCUGAGUUACUGAAGAACCUUCCCAGGGCAUCAUUCCAGGAGUUGCUCACAGAUGAUAAAGCCUUGCUAACUUGGCUGCAGCAGCUAGAGGUGCUGGGGUUUGUCCUGGUGAGUGGAGCGCCAGCUGAACCUGGACAUGUUCGCUCACUGGCAGAAAGAGUUGGCUUCAUCAAGAAGACUCAUUAUGGGGAAGAUUUUACUGUGAAGAUCAAACCAGAUCCCAGCAACGUGGCAUACCUUGAUAGUCCCCUGCAGCUCCAUGCCGACCUUCCAUACUAUGAGUACAAGCCUGGGGUCCAGUUCAUCCACUGUAUUGUCCAGUACGAGGGUAAAGGAGGAGAGUCUCAGAUCACCGACGCUGUUCAUGUAGCUCAGGAGUUAAAGAGACUUCAUCCUGAGAAGUUUCGUAUCCUCACCCAGACACCUGUGGACUGGUUUGACGUUGGCACUGAUGAAUAUGGAGCAUUUUACAAAGUUCUCCAGAUCCCUAUGAUAUGUACUGAUGUCAGCGGGGAGAUAUAUCGCAUCAACAUGAGCCAACCGCAGCGAGAUUCAUUUUUCUCUAUCCCAGCAAAUGAGGUGGCUGGCUGGUAUGAUGCCAUGAUUACGUACCAUCAUCUUCUUUCCAGCCCAAACUAUUGCCUUCAGUUCAAGAUGGUACCUGGUAUGAUUCUAACUUUUGACAACAUGAGGAUUGUACAUGGACGCACAAGUUAUAUGUCAGGUUCAGGAGAGAGACAUGUUGAAGGCUGCUACAUAGACUGGGACGAGGUCAAAUCUCGACGAAGGGUCCUGGAGGUACAAAACUCUCCUUAGGAAUGGACUGCUCCUACUGUACGAAACCCUUUCACUGGUUGAUGAUGCGGGUUGCAACAGAAAGAGUAAAACAAUUGCCAGACCCCCUUCUACUGGUUCAUCUUGGGUACUGGUACAACCACUUGCAUUAUUCAUGGCCAACAAGUUAUCAUGAGUAACUUAUUGUUGUUGAUCCUGCAGCUCUAUUAAUUCAAAAAGUUCAAACCCAAUUUUUCAUGAUGCAACCGGUCACUGUUAUUAUCUGGUGUGAUUUGGAUGGUGGAAUUGGUGUCAUCAGUCAGCGAGGGGGUAAGAUUUGUCCAACUGGCAAUAGUGUGGAAAGGUUGAAAGAGAGUUGGAUUAUAUUUUUCUGUGACAAUUAACUUUUAAACACUAACAGGGACCAAUGAUGACUAUAGCCUUUCACAAUUAUCCAUUUAUCAGUAUUUAUAAAGGUUACUAAUUGCUGCAAUUUAUAAUUAAUUUGUUAUUCUAAUACAAUAAAAAAAUUGUUUCUUUC